AUGAAUUUGACCGGUUACUGCCUUCUUGUCGCUCUAAUGCCAUUCGUUAUUUCGCGCGCGCAGGCUGUUUCGGCUGAUUCAUCCUAUCAAGCCUCGACUACUCUGCAUGACCACAUCAGCAACCUCUAUCAAUUCUCUGCCAACGGUUCCUUUGUUGACAAUAUUGUACUCCGACAUAAUGGCAUUGUCUUGGUGACUCGCAUCGACGUUCCUGAGGUGUGGUCGAUUGAUCCGCGAAAAGGUACAGCGUGGCUUAUAUUCGAUUUUCGUGGUGAAGACGCUGGAAUUUCUAGCUGUUUUGGUAUCACAGAAGUCACCAAAGAUGUUUUCACAGUAGUGACUGGUGGAUUUGACGUGAAGACAUUCUCUGCCGUUCCAGGCUCAUUUAGCGUCUGGAAAAUCGAUUUUACAUCUCAGCAUCACAACGAAACUAUAUCUGACUGCCAAGGCACGCAAAGAGUCCCCACGGUUACCAGAUUGGUUGACAUUGUCGAGGCCAAGGCGCUUGGAGCCUCUACCUUGUUUAGAAGCAGAGUGUCUUCGUACCUUCUCCUUUCCGAAAGUCCCAGGGGAAUAAUAUGGAAGCUAGAUUUGCGAACAUCACGUUACAGCCCGGCCCUUUCCGAAGAAUCGAUGCUUCCCAUCACUGGUGGCCCGGCUAUGGGGGUGAAUGGGAUCAAGGUAUUUGAUAGAUAUCUCUACUAUGCGAGUGUCACCAAAGGCCAGUUACGUCGGAUACCUCUUAGCGAAACUGCAAGUGCGACCGGCCCCUCCGAAUUGGUCAUAAACAAGUCUGGAGUUGACAAUCUGGAUAUAUCCCAAGACGGAAUUGUUUAUCUGGCAGCCAGCACCGAAAAUCAGGUACUGAAACUUACCACCGAAGGAAAGAUUCUUGAGGUUUUUGGAGCCGGAAAUUCAACGGCCCUCGCUGGACCAACCUGUUGUGUACUAGAUAGGAGGGGAAGUAAAGUCUUUAUUGGGACAAAUGGGGGACAAUUUGCUCCGGUGAACGGGCGCUUUAAGGAGCCAGCAAAGGUUUCUGUUAUCCAAGUUUGA